AUGCAGAGAGCUUCACGGCUGAAGAGAGAGCUGCACAUGUUAGCCACAGAGCCACCCCCAGGCAUCACAUGCUGGCAGGAUAAAGACCAAAUGAAUGAACUGCGAGCUCAAAUAUUAGGUGGGGCCAACACACCUUAUGAAAAAGGUGUUUUCAAGCUGGAAGUUGCCAUUCCUGAGAGGUAUCCAUUUGAACCUCCUCAGAUCCGAUUUCUCACUCCAAUUUAUCAUCCAAACAUUGAUUCUGCUGGAAGGAUUUGUCUAGAUAUUCUCAAAUUGCCACCAAAAGGUGCCUGGAGACCAUCCCUCAACAUCGCAACCGUGUUGACCUCUAUUCAGCUGCUCAUGUCGGAACCCAACCCUGAUGACCCACUCAUGGCCGACAUAUCCUCAGAAUUUAAAUAUAACAAGCCAGUCUUCCUCAAGAAUGCCAGGGAGUGGACAGAGAAGCAUGCAAGACAGAAAUAGAGGGCUGAUGAGGAAGACAUGCUGGAUAAUCUGCCAGAGGCUGGUGACUCUGAAGUGCACAACUCAAAGCAAAAAAGAAAAGCCAGACAGCUAGGAGGCAUAGAAAAGAAAUUUCAUCCUGAUAUUUAG